AUGGACUUCGCCCUCUACCUCUUCUACCUUUUCUUUGUUUCUUUCGAGUUUGUGUUUAAGCAGUCAGUUAACUUGGCUAAGCCCCCAACCCCAAGCUCAGGCUCCCUUGCAGUUGGUGGCAGUGCAGAUUUCACUUCAGUUCCUUACCUGGCUGCUCUGCCUGUAAUCCGUUUGACGCAUCCAUGCUUCAGAGCCCAGCCAGAAUUUGGGGGCAGAGUUCAUACACAGAAUUUGGGAAUUAUCCCAGGCUUUAAGUGCCAGGGUGUUGACUUCACAUACCAUAAUGGUACUGGCAGCAAGUCCAUCUAUGGUGAGAAAUUCAAUGAUGAGAACUUCAUCCUGAAACACACAGGUCCUGGCAUCUUGUCCAUGGCAAAUGCUGGACCCAACACAAACAGUUCUCAGUUUUUCAUCUGCACUGCCAAGACUGAGUGGUUGUAUGGCAAGCACAUGGUCUUUGGCAAGGGAAAAGAGGGCAUGAAUAUUUUGGAAGCCAUGGCUCUCUUUGGGUCCAAGAAUGGCAAGACCAGAAAGAAGAUCACUAUUUCUGACUGUGCACAACUCUAUGAAUUUGACUUUUUUCUCUUAACCACCAGACCCCUCCUUCUGUAGCUCAAAAGAACACUCCACCACCCCAUCUGCUCACUGUCCUAUAACCUGUGCUUUUGCUGAAGUUCUUUGGGUUCCAUAUUUUUGUUAUUC